GCGCGAAUUGUGUUCAAAGAAUGUUGUGGUUGUCCCUCUGAGUUUUGAUCUGCAUUGCCCAAGCCGUGUUGUGAAUCAGUUAAUUUACGAAAUUUAAUUUUUAUACAAUUAAAAAAAAUGGAAGGAUUUGAUGAAGCUGGUGUUUUCUUCUCAGAUAAUUUUGGAGGAGAAAAUCAACAGGAUGGAUCUCAAAUUAAUAUGCAAGCAGUUAAAAAGAAAUAUAAAGAUUUCCUCCGAACCUUUAGUGAAGAUAAUUUUUUCUACAAAUACAGAGAUACUUUAAAGAGGAAUUACUUAAAUGGUCGGUAUUUUCUUGAAGUCGAAAUAGAGGACUUAAAUGGAUUUGAUGAAGUGUUAGCUGACAAAUUAUGCAAACAGCCAACGGAGCAUUUGCAAAUAUUUGAGGAAGCAGCUAGAGAAUUUGCAGAUGAGAUAACGUCGCCAAGACCGGAACAAGAAGAACAAUUGCAUGACAUCCAAAUUCUGCUUUCUUCGCAAGCUAAUCCUUCAAACGUACGAGAUCUAAAAUCUGACAUGGUUUCUAAGUUAGUAAAAAUCGCUGGUAUUAUUGUAUCAGCAUCUGGUAUUAAAGCGAAAGCCACCAGAAUGUCGAUUAUGUGUCAGUCAUGCAGCACAGUUAUUCCCAAUUUAAAAGUUAAUCCUGGCCUAGAAGGCUUUUCGCUACCUAGAAAAUGUACAUCUGAACAAGCCGGACGUCCGCAAUGUCCAUUGGAUCCAUUUUUUAUAAUGCCUGAUAAAUGCAAAUGUGUCGAUUUUCAACUUCUAAAAUUACAAGAACUUCCCGACUUUGUUCCACAAGGUGAAAUUCCUCGUCACCUACAAUUAUUUUGUGAAAGAUCUUUGUGUGAACGUGUUGUUCCCGGCAAUAGGGCCCUCAUUCAAGGCAUUUAUUCUAUUAGAAAAGUUGGAAAGCCAUCUCGACAAGAUGGACGAGAAAAAGCUGUUGUAGGAGUACGCGCGCCUUACAUGCGGGUUGUGGGAAUAACUGUGGAUACAGAGGGUUCAGGUGCGAUAUCACGCUACAGUAAUGUCACCGCCGAAGAAGAAGAAACGUUUCGUAGCAUGGCGGCUUCCCCUGAUAUAUAUGAACGUUUAUCUAAAUCUUUGGCUCCGAGCAUAUUUGGUUCAGAGGAUAUAAAGAAAGCAAUUACUUGCAUGUUGUUUGGAGGCUCAAGGAAGCGAUUACCUGAUGGACUCUGCAGACGUGGAGAUAUAAACGUUUUACUACUAGGUGAUCCUGGUACUGCAAAGUCACAACUAUUAAAGUUUGUAGAAAAGGUGGCGCCUAUUGGAGUAUACACAUCUGGAAAAGGGUCCAGCGCUGCAGGCUUAACGGCUUCAGUAAUGAAAGAUCCCGCGACGCGGAACUUUAUAAUGGAAGGUGGAGCCAUGGUACUUGCAGAUGGCGGUGUUGUAUGUAUUGACGAAUUCGACAAAAUGCGAGAAGAUGAUCGCGUGGCAAUACAUGAAGCAAUGGAACAGCAGACGAUUUCUAUAGCAAAGGCGGGUAUUACAACGACUCUUAACUCGCGUUGCUCUGUUUUGGCUGCAGCAAACUCUAUAUUUGGUCGUUGGGAUGAAACAAAAGGAGAAGAAAAUAUUGACUUUAUGCCAACGAUAUUAUCACGUUUUGAUAUGAUCUUCAUUGUGAAAGAUGUGCAUGAUGAAUCUCGGGAUAUUACUAUGGCAAAACAUAUAAUCAAUGUUCAUUUAUCGUCCAAUAAAAACACUCCUUUAGAGCGUGCUGAAGGAGAGAUUUCAUUAGCUACGUUCAAAAAAUACAUUCAUUAUUGUCGGACCCAUUGUGGUCCUCGAUUAAGUGAAGAAGCUGGCGAAAAGCUCAAAAGUCGGUAUGUCCUCAUGCGUAGUGGUGCCGGUCAACAAGAAAAAUCUGCGGACAAAAGGUUAAGCAUUCCUAUUACCGUACGUCAGUUGGAAGCGAUUAUACGUAUAUCUGAGUCUUUGGCUAAAAUGCGACUUUUGCCAUUUGCAACCGAUGAGCACAUAAAUGAAGCGUUAAGAUUAUUUCAAGUUUCAACUUUGGAUGCCGCAAUGACGGGUAGCUUGGCAGGAGUGGAAGGAUUUGCAACAGAAGAAGAUCAGGAAAUAUUAAAUCGUAUUGAAAAGCAAUUAAAGCGACGAUUUGCUAUUGGUUCUCAAGUUUCUGAGCAAAAUGUAGUUCAGGACUUUCUUCGGCAGAAGUACGAGGAACGGGCUAUACUAAAAGUAAUACACACAAUGAUACGUCGGGGUGAAUUGCAACAUCGUAUGCAGCGCAAAAUGUUGUACCGUUUAUGCUGAAAUUAUUAUGUUUUCUUAAUAAAGAUGUUUUUUUAUUCAUAUAAAAAUAA